AUGGCCAGCAAGUACCUGCUAUGGUCCGUGCCAAAACUUAAAUGUGCGCUCUUUCAACGAAAAGCUUCGACAGCUGGAAGGAAACUUGAACUGAUCGAGAGACUUGAAUCUUAUGACAGAAAUGAUGAUUUUGUUGGGCCAUCUGUCUCCAUCCCACGUCCAGAAGAUACAUCAUGGCCAGUGUCAGGAUUUCAACAGCUGAUGCCUUCCCAUCGUCAACUGCUGCCUCCCAUUUCCAAAGAAACCAUUGAGGCUUACUUCAUCUACCGUAUGGCAGGAGACACCAAGCUGCACAUGAUAUCAAGGCCAUAGAGAAAGGUUCUCUGUUGUUUGAGGGGGACAGGGUGCUGGCAUGCAGUGUUCACAUAUGUGCAUCUACUGAUGUAUACUUAAGUGGCAUCGUCAGUGCAUCUAUGAAAAACAAG